AUGACCCGGCAUCGCGCGCCCGGGGCCCCCGAGACCGGCGCCCCGCUGAGCGGGUCGGUGCUGGCCGAGGCGGCCGUGGUGUUCGCCGUGGUGCUGAGCAUUCACGCCGUGGUGAUGGACCGGUACUCGUGGUGCGCCGUGGCCCUGGCGGUGCAGGCCUUCUACGUCCAGUACAAGUGGGACCGGCUGCUGCAGCAGGGAAGCGCCGUCUUCCAGUUCCGAAUGUCCGCGAACAGCGGCCUGCUGCCCGCCUCCAUGGUCAUGCCUCUGCUCGGACUGGUCAUGAAGGAGCGCUGCGAGGCCGCUGGGAACCCGUACUUCGAGCGCUUCGGCAUUGUGGUGGCAGCCACCGGCAUGGCAGUGUCCUUCUUCUCUUCAGUGUUGGCGCUGGGCAUCACUCGCCCCCUGCCCACCAACACUUGCGUCAUCUCGGGCUUGGCUGGGUGCGUCAUCACGUAUAUCAUGAAGCACUCCCUGAAGGUGGGCGAGGUCAUCGAGGUCCUGGAGGUCCUGCUGAUCUUCGUCUACCUCAACAUGAUCCUGCUGUACCUGCUGCCCCGCUGCUUCACCCCGGGGGAGGCGCUGCUGGUGUUGAGUGGCAUCAGCUUCUUGCUCAACCAGCUCAUCAAGCGCUCCCUCACUGUGGUGGAGAGCCAGGGAGAGCCCGUGGACUACUUCCUGCUGGUGGUGGUGGUAGGGAUGGUCCUCAUGGGCCUCAUCUUCAGCUCCUUCUUUGCCUUCAUGGACCCAGGUACCUGGGCCUCCUCCAUCUUCUUCCACCUGAUGACCUGUGUGCUGGUCCUUGGCGUGGCCCUGCCCUGGCUUUAUCGGCUCACCCGUAGGAACCCCUUGUUAUGGCUUCUACAAUUCCUCUUCCAGACGAACAUCCGCAUCUACCUCCUAGCCUACUGGUCUUUGCUGGCCACCUUUGCCUGCCUGGUGGUACUGUACCAGAAUGCCAAGCGGUCAUCCUCUGAAUCCAAGAAGCACCAGGCCCCCACCAUUACCCGGAAAUAUUUCCACUUCAUUGUGGUGGCCACCUACAUCCCAGGGAUCAUCUUUGACCAAUACCUGCUCUACAUGGCCGCCACCGUAUGUCUGGCAGUCUUCAUCUUUUUAGAGUAUGUGCGCUAUUUCCGCAUCAAGCCCCUGGGCCACACUCUGCGCAGCCUCCUCUCCCUCUUCCUGGACGAACGAGACAGCGGACCGCUCAUCCUGACACACAUCUACCUACUCCUGGGCAUGUCUCUUCCCAUUUGGCUGAUCCCCAGACCCUGUACAGAGAUGGGUAGCCUGGGGGGAGCGAGAGCCCUGGUCCCCUACGCCGGCGUCCUGGCUGUGGGCGUGGGUGACACCGUGGCCUCCAUCUUUGGCAGCACCAUGGGGGAAAUCCGCUGGCCCGGAACCAAAAAGACGUUCGAGGGGACCAUGACAUCUAUCUUUGCCCAGAUCAUUUCUGUAGCUCUCAUCUUAAUCUUUGACAAUGAAGUGGACAUAAACCAGAGUUACGCUUGGAUAUUGGGGUCCAUCAGCACAGUGUCCCUUCUAGAAGCAUAUACUACGCAGAUAGACAACCUCCUUUUGCCCCUCUAUCUCCUGAUACUGCUGAUGGCCUAG